GCUGAGACUGCAGUGGCAGCUGUAUCCGCAUUACGCCAGCUAUUUAAGCAGCUGUUCCCAGUGAGGGAGACAGCCGGGAUAAUCGCAGCAGCCGGCAUAGCCCCUGCAGGAAAGUUUGAAAACCUCAACAGCGCCCGCGGGAGGCGGGGGGAGCCAGAAGGAUGGGGGGGGCAGCGGCAGUUCACAGUCCGCAGCUGGUCCGUAGUUGUAGCCCGCAGCACGCCUGGCGUGCUGAGGCUCCUGCUGGGUAGGGGAAGCCUCUAAGCCCCUAACGGAGGCAAGCAAGGGACAGUCUCCUCCCUCACAACAGACAGCGAACGAGAGGCUAGUACUCCCCUUGGGAGGUGGGAAGGAAGGGGGACGCCGAGGCCUCUUGCAGCUACCAGGCUUUCCCGAGGGGAAGUAGAGCCGGGCCGGAUGCAGAAGCCACUGGAUAAGGGAAGGCAGCUCCGUGACUCUCUCUGCCCAAGGGGAAUAUUAUUUCUAGAGAAGCUAGAGAGGAAGGACACGGAGAAAUACAAGAAGAGUCGAAAGAUAGAGCGAGAAAAGAGGAAGGGCUGACGGAGCGGUGUAGCUGAGUCCGGGCCUCUGCAUUUGUGAAACCAACGGCGGGCAAGCCCGCAGAGGCCCGAAGAUCAGCGUCCCACCAGCACGGGAUCGGUUGGCGAGUGGAUGGGGUGGCGGAACAAGGCACGCAACAGCUAUCCCUUCUCAUAUACUUGUAUAACAUCAUCUGUUGACCAAGGAGUUUGACCUCAGUCGCGCCAAGGAGAAAACUGAUACGUGCUGCUGAAGGAAGCAUAUGUCUUCAUUUUGAGGGAAAAGAGAAUAUUUUAAAAUCCAGAAGGAAAGACUGCAGUUAAUUCCUCUACUGAGCUUAUAGCCAAAGUCAGCAGUGUACUUCACAGAAUGAAAUAAUUUACAUUUUCAAUAAAUAUCUUGAGAAAAUAAAGACUGCUUUGGAUGAAGCAGACACGCUAUCAAGUUCAUAACUUUUCUCAGAAGAGUCACUCAGAUUCAAGUUAAGGUUAAGAUUAAGAACAAGAUGGCCCUGUCAUUUUGCCAGAGCUCUAGACGUUGUCUGUCUCUGUCUGGUCUGAUCAUUUUCUUCAUUAUGUUUCACGUUCACCCACUGGACUCAGCUUCAUUUAAAGUAGAUGGAUCACAGAAGCUAGUCACUGGCAUUGUGGGGCAGGAAAUUUUACUGCCCUGUCACCUGAUUCCAAGGAUGAAUGCUGUGAACAUGGACGUGAAAUGGUUCCGAUCUGAGUCCGAUACUAUUGUGCAUUUGUACCAUAAUCGGACAGAUCAGCUCAAAGACCAAUUGCCAGAAUAUAAGGGAAGGACAGAACUUUUGAAGGACAGCAUCACAGAUGGAAGUGUUCCCUUAAAGAUUCUCAAUAUCACUGUCUCUGAUGAAGGAAAAUACCAUUGUUUUGUUCAGGAUGGCAUCAGUUAUGGAGAAACACUAAUUGAGCUGAAAGUAGCAGGUUUAGGCUCUGGUCCUCUCAUCUCUAUGGAGGACUACCAGGAUGGAGGAAUCCGGAUGGUAUGUCGAUCAGCUGGGUGGUUCCCAGAACCUGAGGUGCUAUGGAAAGGUCCCACUGGACAGCAUCUAUCAUCAGUAUCUGAAACCAAGUUCUCAACAGAAAAUGGCCUGUUUAAAAUGGAGAAUUCAAUUGUUAUACAAGAACACUCAAACAAGAACUUGUCGUGCUUGAUCAGAAACAACUUGCUCAACCAAGAAAAGGAAUCAGCAAUUUAUGUAUCAGAUCCCUUUUUCCCACGACUGAAUCCCUGGAUGGUGGCACUGGCUGUGCUCCUCGUUGGUCUGUUCAUUCUCCUUGUCUUGACCUUGUAUCUCUUCAAACUAAAAACGGGCCUGCAACAAGAACUUGUGUGGAGAAACCAUGUAAUCUGCCCAGGGCUGGGAAAAACUGAGCUGCCUGUAGAAAAAGUGAAUGUGGUGCUGAAUCCAGACACAGCUCACCCCCGACUCAUUGUUUCUGAGGAUAAGAGAAGUGUGAAGUGGGCACUCACACAGCAGAUGUCAUGCAAGAAGCCUGAACAAUUUGAGACACGUUUUUGUGUGCUGGGGGAGGAGGGGUUCACCUCAGGGAGACACUGCUGGGAGGUGCAUGUCGGGAAUGGGAUAUUCUGGGCCGUGGGGGUUGCCAAAGAGCCUGUGAAGAAACAGGAAGUGCUUAAUAUGAACCCUGAUGAUGGGAUCUGGGCUGUGCAGCGAUGGUGGGGUGAGUAUUGGGCUCUCACCUCCCCCCGCCGGACUCUUCUCCUCGUCAACCAGAUUCCCAAGAGGGUCGGGGUGUAUCUGGAUUGUGAUAGUAGCCGGGUUGUAUUUUUUGAUGCUGAUACCGAGGCCAUAAUCUUUUCCUUUCCACCAGCUACAUUUUCUGGGGAGAAAAUGUACCCCUGGUUCUGGGUAGGUGUUUUAUGCGAGCUCAAAAUGUGCCAUUGACCAAUGGGUAGAGAAUUCCCCAUAAAUUGAUCUCUUUAGCCUCAGUCAUCCUUGCCUCCUGACUUCAGAAGUCGGGGAAUUAAAACACUUCUGACUUUCUACAGGCUUUCUGUUGUCUCAUCCAGUGGUUCUCAACCUUUUUUGUACCAGGACCCAUUCGUAAAUAUUGAUGGCCAGUGCUGCUCAAUCCCAACCUGCUGUCCCCUGCUCCCAGGCCCCAGCCCAGCAUGUGGGCAGGGGGUGGG